AUGGAUGAUAUAAAUGAAGAGAAUGAUGAAGUUAAAGAAGAAAUUAUACCACAACAACGAACGAAUCCUCGACGUCAACGUCAACAAUUACGUUUUUCAGAAGAAGUAGUAGAAGAAAAUGAAGAAAAACCUUCAUCAACUUUUAAACCUCCUGGGCGAGCGAGUCGUUUUUUAUCAAUCGCUCAACCAUCACUUCAAUUACCAGGUGUCAGUCUUCUUCGAUUACGACAAUUACAUAACAAAAGUAUACAUAAUAGAGAUUCAUUUAGUUCAGAAGAAAUAACCGAUGAACAACUUGAUAAAAUUCCAUUUAAAAUUGAAAUUAUUCCUGAUCGACGUGAUGAUCUUGAUAUCAUAGAAAGUCGUCCGAAAAAUAAAUCAGCUGUAGAAACAUCUACUGUUAUACCCAGUAUUUUAACAGACCAACGUCGUUUAGAAAUAAUUGAAGAAAUUCUCAAAAAAUUAAGUCAUACUAACGUACUUGAUGAAUUUCGUCGAGCAAAUGUCAUACCGUAUAAACUCCCUAAAAAUAAUCAGAUGCAAAAAAAUGUUGCUCGACAUAUAGAAGAAUUAACUGGAAGUGAUAUAGUUAUGUUUAAUGAUCAUAUUUAUAUGAAACAUUUAUGUAAACAUCUUGAAGAAAAACGUAAAAAAGAACUUGAAGCAAAUUUUGAACGGCUUGCAUUCAAUGAAAAACGUCGACAAUUAUCUCAAAAAAUUUAA